AUGCCGCCCGGCUUGACAAGCAGCUCCGGACUCACCGCGCACAGGCGCAAGGCCGGGGGACUGCCUCUCUUCAUGGUGCAGCUCUACCGGACCAUGCUGACCGAGAACCGCGCCGGAAACAAGAGCUGGAUGGAGGACAAUCCCGGAGUGCAGGACUCGGAUUAUGUGACCAGCCUUGUCGCUAAAAACUGUGAGCAGAGAGGUGACAGGUGGGCCAUCACCUUCGACAUGUCCUCCAUGUCCGCUGGCGACCACAUACAACAGGCAGAGCUUCGCAUCCGCCUCCCGGCCUUUAGCGAGUCCCCCGGAGCCUCGGUGGACGUAUACCACUCGUGUUCUGACGACAGCUGCUCCGGGGUCAAGGUUUUCCUGGGUAGCCUGAGGGCUCAUCACAGCUCUAUGAGAUCCUCCUCCUCCUCCUGGAAGGUGUUCUCCAUAACCCGGUUGCUGCACCGCUGGCAGCAGCAGGAACCGUCCAAGCAUCAGCCGGAGGACGCUGAGCGGGAUCUGGAGGGAAUCCAGCACUUUACAACGAACCGGGUCAUGAUGGUUGUCUUCGCUAGGCAGAACCUCGACGGCCAGCGGAUGCCCACUCUCAUCCACACGGCCGUGCACUCCAAGUACGUGAGCCUGGACAGGGAGGCUGGCUCCAAGACGAAGCGCCACAGGACCAAAAGGUUCUCCCAGAAGCACCAGCGUGAAACGAGGCCCAUGGCGACGCUUGCAGGCAGCGAGAAAAAGGAGGGUCCUCUGUGCAGGAAGGUGGACAUGUGGGUGGACUUUAAGAAGCUGGGUUGGAGCCAGUGGAUGGUCUACCCAAAACGCUAUAACGCCUUCCGCUGCGAUGGAGCCUGUCCCACACCUGUAGAUGAGAGCUUCAAGCCUACUAACCACGCCUACAUGCAGAGCCUGCUCAGGCUUCACCACGCGCACAAGGUGCCAUGUUUGUCCUGCACGCCUACCCGCCUGGCGCCACUCUCCAUGCUCUACUAUGAGAACGGGAAGAUGGUCAUGAGGUACCACCUGGACAUGGUGGUGGAGGAGUGCAGCUGCCACUGA